CAUCCGCUUCUCCAACGCGUCCCCCAAGAAACUGCUUCCCUGGUACUUCGGUUCCGGGAGAAGCGGUCCUUUCCCAGGCUGUUGCGGAGGGAAGUGGGUGAGGGGAAGAAAGAAAGGACGCGGCCAUGAUCUCAGGGCCAAACGCUGGGUGCUAUUUGGUAUCUCCAAAAAGUUUCACCAAGCUGGCCUUGAGGGCUCCCUGAGGCUGAAGAAUUCCUCAGUCCGCCGGAGGUCUUGUCGAGCGUUGCGGUGCUGAAAGUCUUUUGGACGGGACAUGGAGAACAUUACUGCUUAAAGAAGAUGUUGCUCAGUUAACUCAUAUAGACUGUGUUACUUAAUGAAUUCUUCAGCUGCAAUGAGAACUCAAUAGUACAUUUUUGGAUUCUCUGCUCCCCACAAUUUGCCAGAUCAAAAAAUUAAUCUUCAACAAGGAUACUGCAGAGUCAGUCUUCUUCAUAGGACAGUCACUUUGUUACCUGAAUAUUUCUAGUAUUACUCAGUCAACCAGUAAAAAAGAUGCUCCGCUACUGGGGUGAGAUUCCAGUUUCCUCCAGUCAGGCCAACCGCAGCUCCUUUGAUUUGCUUCAACGGGAGUUCCGUACUGUAGAGGUCCAGGAUCCUCCAUUGCAUCAGCCUUCGUCUAACAAGCCUAAACCCACAACCAUGCUCGAUAUUCCUUCAGAGCCCUGUAGCCUCACCAUUCAUACUGUCCAGCUGAUCCAACAUAACAGGAGGUUGCGCAGUCUCAUUGCCACAGCUCAGACUCAGAACCAACAGCAACUGGAGGGUAUCAAGAUGGAAGGAAGUGAGCCUUUGCCAACUUGUCCUGGCUCCCCACCUCUCCCUGAUGAUGUGCUUACUUUGGAUAGUAAAAUACCCAAGGUGCCAUUUCAGUUGAGGCACAGUGAUCCAGAAGGUGACUUUUACAGAGGCAAAGGAGAGCCAGUAAUAGAGUUGAGUUGGACCUCUUGCCGCCAGCUUCUUUACCAGUCUAUAGCUACCAUUUUGGCUCACGCUGGCUUUGAAUGUGCCCAUGAAAGUGUUCUGGAGACUCUGACAGACAUUGCUCAUGAAUAUUGCCUGAAGUUUGCCAAACUUCUGCGUUGUGCUGUGGACAGAGAAGCUCGGCUUGGGCAGAUCCCUUUCCCAGAUGUUAUGGAACAGGUCUUCCAUGAAGUGGGCAUUGGCAGUGUGCUCUCUCUGCAGAAGUUCUGGCAACAUCGGAUUAAAGACUAUCAUAGCUAUAUGCUACAGGUUAGCAAGCAACUCUCUGAGGAGUACGAAAAGCUUGUAAACCCUGAGAAGGCAGCAGAAGAUUUGAAACCUGUGAAAAUCAAGGAAGAACCUGUCAGUGACAUCACAUUUCCCAUGAGUGAGGAGUUAGAGGGGGAUCUGGCAUCUGGAGACCAGUCGUUGCCUGUUGGAGUCCUUGGAGCUCAGAGUGAACGAUUUUCAUCCAACUUGGAAACUGAGGCCUCUCCACAGACCUCUGGUGGUGAGGUGAACACUUCCCCUCUUUGGAACUUGGCCCCGGUAAAAAUGGAACCACAAGAGAAUGAGGAGGGCAAUGUUCAUGGGCACCAUGGAGUCCUGGGCGGUGAUGUAUUUGAGGAGCCAAUGUCAGGCAUGAGUGAAGCUGGAAUGCCACAGAGUCCUAAUGGUUCUGAAAGCAGUUAUGGUUCUCAUUCACCUGAUAGUUUGAUGGGCUCUUCACCAGUCUUCAACCAGCGCAGCAAGAAGAAGAUGAAGAAGAUGUGAAUUAUGGCUGGGAGAUACUGAGAGUGGGAACUAAUUCAGCAAAAUUAGGCCUGUGAUCAAGAAAAUAAGCUCUGAGUUGAUGGAUUUUGCAUGCUGUGAUUACCAUUCUACCUGUGAUACUUCCCACUAGCUGAAAGUCUAGAUAGCUUACAAUGGCACAAACACCAUACACAGAGGUAACAUUACUUUGGCAAAAAAAGAUGUUUGAGUGACUUUUGAUGAGGAAAGACAAGAAUGACAUCAAAUCAAUCAACUGUGAUUCCACAUGGAAUCUUGUAAGCCAGUGUAGUUUACAGCUAGUUAGAUUUUAAAAAGUUUAAAUGGUGGUACAACUUGCAUAAAUGACAAUUUUGUAUUUCUACAUUAAAUGGUUGACAGUAUCUUUAACUUGAAAGAUGGAAAAUAUUGAAGAGGCAUGAACUGUAUGAAGUUGUAAUAGAAUUCUGUAAAUUCCCUUUAACAUUUGCUACAUAUUAUACUUUUCAUUUUUGACUAUGAAUUUAUAUUUUGAAGAACGGGUUUUUAAUAUAUGUAGAAUUUUUGUUCCAAUAUAAUUAUAACUAUUACUCUUGAGUUUUGGUCAAAAUCAUGGCUGAUAAUCUGCUUUUCUUUUUAACAAACCAACUUACCAUAUAUCAAGGUAGGAGAAAUUUGGAAAUGGUAAAUCUUACGUGUGUUUUUAUGGUCUUUAUGUUAUUUUAUGUUUUUAAUAUUUUUAUAUUUUAUUGUAUAGUACACAGAUUGUUGUGACCUACCCAAGGUCUACAAUUGGUGCAGCAAACAAUUUUUAUGAGCUAAAUGAAGCAUUUUUUUAAAAUAUGCAUAAUUUCAUUUUCCUUAUGCUAGUCAGAGGCCAAUUUACCUGGAGAAUUCACCCAGCUCUGCAUGCAAAUCUCUUAUGACUGAAUAAUAAAGUGAUCUCUUAAUUUUUUGUACCAAUUGGAUUGCACUCUGAAUAUAGUAUUAAGCCUAACUUGAAUGUUGCUGAGAGCUUUGAAAGACAGGACACUUUCAGAACUGUGCUCUUAGUUCAUUUAUUAUAUCACAAUGUACUAUGCCUUUAGAAGUUUGGGGUUUUAUGUUGAUGCACAAUGCUAAAUCUAGACGGACACUUUAUUGAUCUGGGGAGGGUUUGUAUGAUACAUGUUUUUAAAUGUUUAUCUUUUUGUUUGUUUGUUUAUUAGCUGUUCUUGGAGAUAGGUUUUUUUUUAAAUAAAUGAAUG